AUGGCAAUGGACUCCGCGAUAACAGGAACCGUCGAGCCGUCUUUUGAAAAACUCAAAACGAUAUUUCGGGAAAACUUUGAAAAGGGGCUGGAGAAAGCAGGGGCGUCUUUUGCCGUUUAUCAUCAUGGAAAACUAGUUGUGGAUCUGUUUGGUGGCUAUGCUAAUGAGAACAUUGGCCAAUUUUGGACAGAACAUUCGAUGUCAGUUCUAUUUUCCACCACCAAGAGUAUAUCAGCCACUAUAUUAGCAUUCGUGUUAGAUAAGGAAAAAAUUGGAUAUGAUGAGAAGGUUUCAAAAUUUUGGCCAGAAUUUGCAAAGAAUGGCAAAGAAGACAUAACCAUCUCGCAGGUUGUUCUCCAUCAAGCCGGCCUACCAUACACAGACAAAGUCAUCAGCCGAAACGAUGCUGCAGAUUGGAAAAAAAUGAGUGAAUAUUUUGAGAAUGCUCAGCCUGUUUGGGCUCCCGGCAAAAUGACAGGGUAUCAUGCUCUAACAAUAGGAUUUUUAAUUGACCAAAUCGUUCGCCGAAUUGAUCCAGCACAUCGUGGUAUUUUGACAAUAUUCCAAGAAGAUUUUCGAGACAAAUAUAAUAUAACUGAUUUGAUGAUUGGAUUAGAGAGAAAAUGCCAAAAUAAUCGAGUGGCUCUUAUAAGACAACCAACGGAAGAUGACAUGAAAGAGGAAGGCGAGCGCAAUCCGAUAGCUCUGAAACGAUAUUUCGCUUACAACAAAGUCCAUCACAAAAAUCUAUAUAACACUUGGCCAUGGAUCACAACAGAAGAUUACAAUGACUUGGAAAAUCGACUCGUGCCUAUGCCUUCCAACAUGGGGAUUGGAACUGCUCGGGGACUAGCACAAUUUCACACGCUAUUAGCUGAGAAAAAGAUCUUAUCGAAGGAAUUCUAUGAACGAAAUCUCCAAGUACCAGUUUUAGAGGAAGAGAUGGAUGUUGUAAAUGGAUAUUCGGAAAGCAAAGGUUGUGGCUUCCAGUUCACGAAAAAUCCUUUUGGAGAUUGGAUAUUCGGUCAUUCUGGAUUUGGAGGUCAGAACGUGCGUGUGGAUACAAUCAAUGGACUAUCGUAUGCUUACAUUACUAACGGCCUGAAAAUCGCCGAUGCUGAUCAAGUAGAGCCAUGGCACCGUCUAGUUGAAGAGUUAUAUCGAAUCAUAGGGACGAAUUGA